AUGAACUCUGCUAUCAUCGCUGUCUUCCUUGCUUUGGCAUCCCAAGCUAUCCUGGCCACCUAUCAUACUACUUGUUACGACUAUUUCUUGAAAAAAGACGGAUGUGUUUUUUCUUCGCCUGCAACGAGCCAAAGAUGCCCAGCUCCCACCAAAGACCACACUGAUCCAGUGCAUCGGUUUAACUACGGUCCACCAAAGGCCAAGCCCAAUGAUGGCCACUCCUUGCAACGCCGCUACGAUGAUAACAAUCCGAGCUUUUCGGUCGCCGGUGGUAAAGGUGCCUGUGACAAUUAUAACUCUGCCACGGACCUCGGUGUGUGUCUCUGGAGCGGAGCCGAGCAAAAAGCGCCGACAGCGGAAUCGGCUGGGUGGCUUAACGGCGUGGCGAAGUCGAAUUGCGGAAAGACAGUAUAUGUCCAAAGGAAAGGCGAUCCCUCGACGGUCAAGUAUGUCAAGGUGCUCGAUGGUUGCAGUUUCAACACAACCUUAACCAAUCCUGGAUGCUUCGAAAUUGCACUUACCACAAAGCUCUUCGACGAGUUCAAGCCCACUGCGAAAGAAAAGAAAGAUGGACUCCUCUAUGGUGGGAUGACUUGGGACUUUCUUAACCUCGACGGCAAGAACCCCCAAAAUGGGCCAAACUAA